CGCACAGCACCCAGCAGGGGAACGCAGCGCGCAGCCGGCGGCGCUCAGCUAUACCCCCUCUAUGACCAGAGCCCCCGCGCUGAUAGGCUGGCAUGUCGGGCUUCGCCGGGCAGCCAAUGAGGGGCCGAAUCCAGUUCGGACCAAUAAAAGACGGCUGUAGAGGAGGGAUGACGCGCGGUCGCGUACUGACCAAUGAGAGGAGGCAAAAGGAAUGCUUCUCAUUUGCAUAGGGGAGCUAUAAAUAAAUGGCCCGCGGGCGCUUCCCCCACGUUCGUCUUCCUGUUGUCAGCUGAGUGGAAGUCGCUCUCUGAGACAGUCCCGCCGCGAGCAAUGCCUGAGCCGGCCAAGUCUGCGCCCGCGCCCAAGAAGGGCUCCAAGAAAGCCGUCACCAAGACCCAGAAGAAGGGCGACAAGAAGCGCAAGAAGAGCCGCAAGGAGAGCUACUCGAUCUACGUGUACAAGGUGCUGAAGCAGGUGCACCCCGACACGGGCAUCUCGUCCAAGGCCAUGGGCAUCAUGAACUCGUUCGUCAACGACAUCUUCGAGCGCAUCGCCGGCGAGGCGUCGCGCCUGGCGCACUACAACAAGCGCUCGACCAUCACGUCGCGGGAGAUCCAGACGGCCGUGCGGCUGUUGCUGCCCGGCGAGCUGGCCAAGCAUGCCGUGUCCGAGGGCACCAAGGCGGUCACCAAGUACACCAGCUCCAAGUAAGCUGCCUCCGCAGCCUGUGCCAGACCUGCUCGACCCAAAGGCUCUUUUAAGAGCCACCCACCUUUUCAAUAAAAGGGCUGCAUAGUCACAUAGGGAGGGGGGUGGGGAGGACGAUUCAAGAUGUUAUUUAGUGUGAUCUUACUUUAAAGGGUCAUCUGAAGUUACAGUUAAAACUAAUUAUGGUAAAAAAUUCCUAGCCAAUUCUGUGUAUCAGGAAAUGAAAACUAAGUAUGUGCCAGUAAUGUCUUUAUUGUGAUGGAAAUAAUUUUUUUUUCCUAGGUGAAACUCAACCGUUUACUUUUUCACUUUUGUUUUUAAAAUUACGUAUUUAUUGUACAAUGCAUCCUGCUCAAUGUCCUGUUUCAGUUUUCCUCCAGUUUUCAUGUAUCUGCUGCAAAUGUAAGGAAAACGUUUGCGUAGAUUAUUAGGUCUUGAGAGAGAAUUCAAUUUGCUUUAUGGAAACUGCGUACAGUGUUGUAGCUGCUGUAACGACGUCUACCGCUUGAGGGUGCCUCAGUCCGUAUAUAUUUUCAGAGUUGAACUAAAGCAGGUGACCACAGUGCACUGUAAUGUAAAAACUUAAAUAAUAACCAAUUUUUUCUUGAUAAGCUGUUAAUCGCUGUUACUAGCCUCCACGUCUAAAAAAGCAUAUAAUGGUUAAUAAAACACAAGUUUUUUUCUAAAAGUUACUUACCUUCAGCAAUUUUCUUCUGUACGUGUGAAUUUUGCAGUAGUUUGCACGGCUUCUCCCUACAUCUUUAGGAGAGAAUAUUCCCCUUACAAAUGCCAAAUUAACAUGAAUAUUAUUUCAUAUGUACUUCAAGUUUCCUACAUUUAUAUCUCAGUUAUAUUGAAAUGAUUAAGAACUUCAAAACUAGGCACUGUGUAUCAUGAGCUUAUUGUAGUUACUGAGUAGCCCUGAAGACUUUCAUUCCCCAAAUCGCUGUUUUUCUGAUUUUCCCCAUCAUAUACAUUCUUGGGUAAUUAGACAUUUCUGCAAAUGCGGAUCUGAGCCAUAAUAAUCCUCUUCCCCAAAUGGAUCUGAAUAAUCCUUAAUUCCAAAUGUUAAUUUGUGGCCUCAUCAACAUACUUGGCCCCAUACAAGGACUGCCUAACCGCAAAGUCAAGCUUUCUGGUACUGACUGACUGUUGUCUGGUAGUGCUGGUACAGAGGCAGGCACUAAGUCUGUUACGUUGGUUGCUAAUGUACAGGAAUUAAUUUCAGCUUGAAGGCUGAUGGGGGACAUCUUGGAUUGGAUUUUGGACAUCUGAUGGUAAGAGCCCUCCACAUUCCCUGUUCUGCAGUUUCAAACUGUGUCUGGAGAUCUGCUCUCAAAGCGCCUUAGUAUAAGCUAAUUUUAAUUUAAUAGUUUUAAUCUUCUGUGCCUCUCUAUGCAUCCAGUACUUAAAAAGAUGAAUGUUGUGUUCCAGUCUCUAGGUUCUUAUGUAACGGAAUACGUGGGUGGCUAGAGAGGGAAUUUAGAAAGAAUCUAAAAGCGCUCAUAUUUUGACAGUGGUGAUGAUCAUUGGAACAAUUUGGCAGAAGCUAUUAUUCUUAGUAAUCAGUUAUGUAAAAGUCAAAUUCAUUCCUGUUGUCCUUAAAUAAAUAAAUAAAAAGCUUAGUUUAAACUGCACCUACCACAGGAGCCCAGUGGUGCAUUUUGUCCCACUAACUCGGGAAUCCACAAGCAUUAUUACAACUUUUCCUGUUUUUGUAUGCUGGCUGCUUUAUCUAUGUAGCUUUCACAUAAAUUUUGUGUGAUCAUUCUCUCUGUUUACUCUAUUUUAAGACUGUUCAGUAUAUGCAAUAAAACUGUUUCAGUAUGUGCA